AUGGCCGACCAACCUAUUGCUAUAGAUCCGGAUUUGUAUGCUGUUGACAGUACCUACUAUCCCGAUGAUUGGCAAUCGGAAACAACGUCCAUCGGAUCUUCGAUUUACCGAGGUUUGAUGGAAAAUGGCAGACGGUACCAAACACUCCGGAACAAAGACUACAUCCUUCCUUCGGAUGAACGACAGUUCGAAGCGUACGAAGCUGGGCAUCUUGUUGCUCUCAUCAUGGAGUCGGAAAGCGAAAACCCAUUCUUCCUAUCUCCUAUUGGUAACUCGCCCCAGCAUAUUCUGGACAUAGGAACUGGCCGGGGGACCUGGGCUAUUGACGUUGCCGACAUGUUUCCUAGCGCAACCGUUCGUGGGGUCGAUCUUUUUCCGCCACCGGUUUCCUGGAUGCCCCCAAAUUGCAUUCUGGAGGUCGACGACGUUCAGCAGGAUUGGACAUGGCAAGGGUCAUUUGAUUUGAUACAUAUGCGUAUCAUGAUCGGGUCAUUUGAUGGAACAGAAUGGGACAGCCUCUACCAGCAAUGCUUUGAGAAACUUUGCCCGGGUGGGUGGAUUGAGCAAUUGGAGGUCAGUCCCGUCAUUGAGACUGAUGAUAGUAGCCUGCCCGCUGACAAUAUCCUGAAUGACUGGGGUCCGAACAUGCUGGGUUGCGGUGAGCGCGCCGGUCGGGGCUGCGACACCUUCGAUACUAUGGCCAGGAGAAUUCGAAACGCGGGAUUUGUCGAUGUUCAUGAGAAACUUUACAAGUGGCCUAUUGGACCGUGGCCUAGAGACCAGAAACUGAAGGAUGCAGGCGCCGCCAAUUUCGAGCAUUGGGUUAACGGGAUGGAGGGUUGGUGUAUGUGGUUGCUCACCAAGUUCGGCCACCCGCAACCCUGGGACAAAGAAGAAGUCUAUGUAUAUGUAGCCAAGCUACGAAAAGAGCUUAAUAAUCCACGAUUUCAUAUAUGGCAUCAAGGGUAA